CGCGUACACACUAGCGUAACAAAACAGUGAACAUGUAACACGUAACAAUGUUUGUGUGACAUAAGAGUGUAACAAAUCAUCGAACUUGUAUCAUACUUCUGUAACAAACCACCGAUCCGCCGAUUGUCGGUAUUUUGGCGAAACAUCAAAGGGUGAUACGCGUUCACGUUACAAUAUGUAUGGACGAAAUGACGAACAUAAUCAUGUAACACCAUACGAAUAUAGCAUACAAACAUACAUUAUUUUGUAUCAAAAAUUAAUAGAAUAUAUGCCUAUAUAAUAUCGAUAUUCGAUUGUCGAAAUAACUAUUUAUAACUAUACUAGUAUGAUAUUAUUGUUAUAAUAAUGUCAUGCAUAUUAAUAUUUAUAAAUAACCACCAAAUUGCAGCGUACAUUUUAUUUUCCAUUUUAUCAUAAUAACAUCCAUUUAGUUGACGAUUAACUUCCUAAGACAAACCAUAGUCCUUUAAUACCUAUCGUUUAAAUACAUUUUGUAACUAUGAUAGAUUGGACAAAUGAAAAUGUAUUAAAACUUAUUGAAGUUUAUCGUAGUAAAGAAAUAAUAUGGAACCCUAUGAACAAAAAUCAUUUUAAUAAGAUUUUGAAAAAUGAUGCUUGGAAUGAAAUCGCAAGUGAAUUGUCCGAUCAUAUUUCAACUACAAUCACUGCAAAUGAAUGUAAAACUAAAAUUGUGACAAUACUUGCUGCAUAUAGAAGGGAAAAAAUGAAAAUACGGAAAAGUAUAGGAACCGGUUCAGGUGCUGAAGACGUGUAUAAGUCAUCGUGGUUCGCAUUUGAAAGUUUAGAAUUUUUAAAAAACAAAGAUACUCCUCGACAAAGAAGAUGCACGAUGUCCGAUGAUAAUGAUCCAACCGAAAUUAACCAAAUUCCUACUGAAGAACUACAAAUUCAUUCUAAAGAAACACAAAUUACCUCAGAAAAUCAAGGUUCAUCAACACAGCCAUCAAAAAAAAAAAAAAUUAUCAAAGAAGAUGGUAGACUAGAUAAAGCGUUCAAAAUUCUAGAGUCGGCGGCAUCAGCCUCAGCCGUAAAUAAUGAAAGUCAAUCAUUUGGACAGUUUGUUGGAAGUAAAUUAGAAAAAUACAACCAACAAGUUAGAAGUAUUGUUCAAUAUGAAAUAUCAAAUAUUUUAUUUAAAGCAGAUUAUGGAUAUUUUAAUCAACAACAAUUAACAUAUCAAAAUAAUCACUACAUUUCUGAUCCAUCAACUCAUAAUUAUAAUUAUCAUUCGCAAAGUUAUCCAAUGAACAUGCAUUCUUCUUCACUGCCAUACUCAUUUCCAACUCAUGAUACUAAUAUUACAUAUACACCAGUACCACAAACAUCUCCAGCUACAUUUACACCAGUACCACAAACAUCUCCAGCUACAUUUACACCAGUACCACAAACAUCUCCAGCUGCAUUUACACAAUCAUCUCCAGCUAAAUUUACACAAACAUCUACACCAGUUCCGUCACCCGCAAAUACAUUUACUUCUGAAGAAUUGGAUUUCAGUGAUAUUAUGUAAAUGCAAUUAUUAUUUAAUUCUGUGAAAAAGUUAACAGUUUAUUUUAUUUUUUACUUUUAACGAGGGUUUUUUUAUUUUAUUUUUUAACUUGAAAUAUUUUGUAUUUUGUUGAUUUUUUAUUAAAGGUGAUUUUUUUUUGUUUAUUUAUUUAA